AUGCAUUAAUUGGGAAAAUCUGGAAAAUCGAAGAGUUUUAAGGAUUAUUCAAUACUAAAAAAAGUAUAAUCACUAUCAAAACAUGAUGAUACAGAGACAGAUUAAAUUAGUAUAUUAAAAUAGAAAAGUUUUGAUUUAACUACUAGAAGAAAUAGCUCAAUAUUAGCAUAGGAAUUGAUUAAUGAAUCAAGUUAAAUUCAUAGAAUAACAUAUAUUCAAGAGUAUAUUAAAUAUUAAUAAUCUUAGUCCCAAUCAAUAUAUAGGAAUGAAUUUAUUAUAAUAAAAGAUUUGGGAGAGGAUAUAGAAAUGUUCAUAAAAAUAUAUUGUAUUUAAUAUUUAUCUAUAUUAUAGGAUGAAUAAAGCAAUUUAUCAAUUAUUGUAUUGAAACCAGAUCAAGAAUUUGAGUUUGUAUUCAACAUAUCUAAAUUGUCUUGUUUUUCCAAAAUUAAACAAUUAACCAAGAGUUUAUCAACUCAUUUCUAUGGACUAACAAAGAUUUGUAAUUUAUUAAUAAUGAAUUUAUAGAAUUAUAAGACCCUUAUUUAUCAAUGCUAAUAGGAAAAAUCAAAACAUAAAAAUUAGAUAAUGAUAUGAGAUUAUUUGAGUUGUUAAAUAUCAUAAUGAAUGGCAAGAAGCUAUUGGUCUUGUAAAGUAAUAUGUAUAAUGAUCUUUGA